CACAUCCGGGCAUUCUGGCUGCAUCGCGUCUUGCGGAGUAGCAUGUUAGCAUGUUAGCAUGUUACGUCAUGUAGCUCAAAGCUGUUAGCUGAUUUUUUUUUUUUUUAUUUCUUAGCGUGUUAGCUAAGAGGAACAGGAAAGAUUUCGAUACUGCAUAUUAAUUGUUAAUUAGAAAUGACAAAUUAUCAGCGUUAGUCUAUAAUUAGCCGUCGAAAAACGGGAAAAAAGUUUAUUUAGUAACUGUAUUUAAGGUUUAUUGACAGGUACUGUCUCGUGCGCUGUCUCGUGCGGUUAGCGUUAGCAAUGGGGCGCAAAAAACAGUUUCAAAACGAGCGACAAGCUAACAGAGGCAGAGACAAGCGACACAGAAUGAAAGGAAAGUCUCUGGAAACCUUUACAGAAGAAAUGCAGGAGGUUUUGGAAGCGAGUAAAAGCGCAGAGUCCGAGGAGGCGGCGGCGGCGUGUGUGAAGUUGCCGUGUCCUCUGGCCAUGUGGGAACUGGGCCACUGCGACCCGAAGCGCUGUACUGGACGCAAACUGGCACGGAAAGGCCUGGUGCACUGCCUGCGCCUCAACCAGCGCUUUAACGGCCUCGUCCUCAGCCCCAUGGGCACCAAAUACGUUACACCUGCUGAUAGGGAGAUCGUGGCUGAGGGCGGAGUUGCAGUGAUUGACUGCUCGUGGGCGAGGCUCGAGGACACGCCCUUCAGUAAGAUGAUUGGCUCCCACCCGAGGCUGCUGCCUUAUUUGGUGGCGGCGAAUCCUGUGAACUACGGCAAGCCCUGCAAGCUGAGCUGCGUCGAGGCCUACGCAGCCACGUUCUGUAUCGUAGGUUUUCGGGACCUGGCUGUGCUCCUGUUAAGGAAGUUUAAGUGGGGUUUGGGGUUCCUUGAGCUGAAUAAAACACUUCUACAGCGCUACGCCACCUGCAGAUCAGAGGAGGAGCUGCUCACGGUGGAGAAGGAGUACCUCACCUCCUCCCCCUCAGAGGAAGAAGAGCUCGAUCCUUUCGAUGUAGACUCUGGCAGAGAGUGUAUGAACCUCAACAGACCAAUACGAGUGGAAGAGGACGACACUGAAAGCGGCGAGGCAGAGACAUCGGAGGAAGAAGACGAUGAAGAAGACGAUGAAGAAAAGAUAAAAGAGAAGGAGAAGGUUGAAGAUGAUAGAAGUGAAGAAGAGGAGUCGUGAAGAAAUGCAUACAUGUAUUUGGGUGUGUGCUCAAUGCUAGGGCUUGAGCAAAGCAAAGUGGGUUUUAGAUUCAUUUAAUCAGGGAAGGGUGAUCGGGGGGGAAAAAACCCUUUAAGGAACAGGAUGGUGUCGCUGAUAUAGAUUCUGCGUCACAGACAACAGUCUGUAGAGAUCAUGACGUUGCUGCUGUUCAGCCUGAUGAGUAAGACGGAGACACAGAGUUGCUGAACGAAUACGACCUAGCUACAGUGAUGCGUCCAGAAAGUUCUAGAAAAUGGCCAAGAAAGUGUGAUGGACAUCUACAGAGUUGGAACUGGAAAUUUGUUGUUUGUUUAUAACGUGUUUCUCUCUCUCUCUCACACACACACACACACACACACACACACACACACACACACACACACACACACUGUCCUGUCAGAGAAUUCCCAGGUUGCGAUUACAAGUCGCUUGUCAUUUCCGCAAUUCCGACGUGAAUUGAACGCGUAAUGACGUACGUUAUUGUUUUUCAGGACACAGCACUGAACCAGGUAACAGAUAAUCUGUAUUUGGACACUUUUCACAUCACACACUGUGCUUAGGAAUGAAGAGUUUUCAGACAAGGGUGUGUUCAUACAGUCUGCUGUACAAUCGCAGAAGAAUAAAGUUCUUAUUGGUGUUAUUCUUA